AUGUCCACUAUCACCGAGACACAGUCCCUGCACCGGCUUCGACCGACCAACGCACCUGUUGCAAUUGAAGAUCAGGGCAAGACAAGAGAGAAUAAGAGACUGCACGGGGAAAAGACGGCGGAGGACAAAUUCUUCUGGACUUAUACGGAAGAGCCGCACCGUACUCGUCGCCAGGCAAUCAUAAAAGCACACAAGGAAGUCCUACAGUUGUGUGGUCCGGAACCACUCACCAAAUACCUGGUCCUCUUCGUCGUCAUCCUACAAGUCACCUGUGCCAGUCUCCUCAGGGAUACUCCUAUACUCUCAUGGCGGUUCUUUCUCACUGCUUACAUUGUUGGGGCCACGGCGAACCAGAAUCUCUUUCUCGCCAUCCACGAGAUCAGUCACAACCUUGCCUUCCGCACGCCGAUUUACAACAGACUGUUGGCCAUCUUCGCCAAUCUGCCCAUAGGCGUUCCAUACUCUGCCGGCUUUCGACAGUACCAUUUGACCCAUCACAAGUCCCUGGGUGUCGAUGGCUUGGAUACAGAUCUCCCCACUACAUUAGAAGCGAUCUUCCUGGACUCGGUUUUUGGCAAGGCGUUCUUCUGCACCUUUCAACUCAUUUUCUACGCCAUCAGACCGAUGAUGAUCUAUAAGAUACCGUUCGGGCCGAUCCAUUUUUGCAACAUUGCUGCGCAGGUCAUCUUUGAUGUUCUCAUUGUUAGAUAUUUGGGUUCAAAGGCACUCGUCUACUUCCUGAUGAGCGCGUUCCUGGCUGGGUCUCUUCAUCCAUGCGCGGCUCAUUUCAUCGCGGAGCAUUAUGUUUUCGUCAAAUUGACAUCGAAGAAUGGUAAAAUGCCUCAGGAUGUGCCCGUUCCUGAGACGUUUUCAUACUACGGUCCUCUCAAUGUCCUGACUUACAAUGUCGGGUAUCAUAGCGAGCAUCAUGAUUUCCCCGCAAUUCCGUGGACCAGAUUGCCAAAGCUCUACGAGAGUGCUCGGGAAUUCUAUGAUCCACUGCCUUGUCACAAAAGCUGGCCUCUCGUCAUAUGGCAGUUCAUUACCGACAAAGAAGCGGGCAUGUGGUGCCGGGUCAAGCGGUCUGAAGGUGGACGUGUUGUUGGAGGGUGGCGGGAUGCGGAAGUACAGAACUGA